GUGCGGCCUCGGCGUUCACUGGGAGGGCAGCGCGGGCCGGCGAGCGUGGCGGCAUGGCGGCUCGACUGGUGCUGCUGAGCCUGCUGCUGGCCGGGGCCGGGCAGCCGAGCGGCGCCGUCCAGCCCGUCUACAGCAAAGUUUUGACUGAGGAGUUCCAGCGUGUUGUGGCACAACCAGAGUUCUUCCUGGUCUUCAGCAACAUCAAAUCGAGGCGAGUGGCGCAAGACCAGCUUCAUGUCCUGCUGGAGGUGGAGGUGACAGGGAGCCAACACAAGAUGGCUUUCAUUUUGGACAGGGCGAAGCAAAGAGUGACGCUGCGGACGACAGAGCACGGCCGGCUGCGCCGCCAGUGGUGGACCGUGCAGACCAUCAGGCGGCGCGGCGUCAUCCGCUCCCUAGUGCUGCACGUGCAGCAGCAGCAGCCGUCCGCCCGCGUCCACUUGUACGUGGACUGUGUGGACCAGGGCGCCGUCCACAUGCCGCUGUCGCUGCAGGGCAUGUACACGGAGGCCGCCGCCUCUACCGUCUCGGUGGUGGCCGGCCGGCGGCUGCAGGCACGCGUUUAUGACCAGACCUCGCUGGCGUCUGUGCUUUACGAGCACGGCUGCUCCGGCUGGAGACCGCAGUCGUUACAGGCCGCGCAGGACUCUCGAGAGAGGGACGAGCCGGCGAAGGACUUCGCGCGCACUGAUCCGGCCAUGCUGAAGGCCAUGUCGGAGAUGGUGGGGGCCAUCAAGGACCUGCGCUCGGCGCUCGACCGCCAGAGCGCGGAGGCCGUGCGGAUGCGUCAGACCAUGGAGCGCUGCCACGCCUGCAGACCCCAAAAUCUGCGGGAGACGUGCAGCACGCACCCCUGCUACCCGGGGGUCCGCUGCGUGGAAGAGCAGGGUCGCGUUCGGUGCGGCCCGUGCCCAGAAGGCAUGGUCGGAGAUGGCCGGCGUUGCCAGCCGCGGCCCAUCUGCAAGCCAGACACCUGUUACGAGGGUGUCGAGUGUCGCGACACGGCAGGUGGCGCCCGCUGCGGCCCCUGUCCGCCAGGGAUGACAGGAGAUGGCACCACCUGCACCGCGCUCAGGGGCUGCGUGUCGCGGCCCUGUUUCCCAGGCGUGCAGUGCGAGGACGUGGCGGACGCGCCCUUCUACCGCUGCGGCGCCUGCCCGCCUGGAUACGAGGGCGACGGUCGCCAGUGCACUGACGUCGACGAGUGCCGGCUGGCUCAGCCGUGCGACCCGCGCGUGCCGUGUCAAAACCUGGCCGGAGGCUACCGCUGCGGCCCCUGCCCGCCCGGACUGCAGGGCAGCGGCGGGAUGCAGGGCAAGGGCCUGGAGUUUGCGCGCCUGAACCAGCAGCGCUGUCACGACAUCAACGAGUGCGAGCAGGAGCGCUGCGUGCCCAACUCCGAGUGCAUCAACACGGACGGCUCGUACCGCUGCGGCGGCUGCAUCGAAGGCUUCGUCGGCAGUCAGGAGGAGGGCUGCAGCGAGCAUCCCGGCCUCUGCCCGGACGGCACACGGUGCGACGGCAACGCCCAAUGCUUCACCACCGACCGGCCCGGCAUCUACACCUGCAGGUGCAAUGUGGGCUGGGCAGGCAAUGGCCGGCUGUGCGCCCCCGAUACGGACCUGGACCGGUUCCCAGACGUCUCGCUGCCCUGCACCGACCCCACCUGCACCAAGGACAACUGCGUCGGAACACCAAACUCGGGCCAGGACGACACGGACGGAGACGGCACCGGGGACGCCUGCGAUGAGGACGCCGACGGCGACAACGUGCUCAACGUGCCGGACAACUGCCCGCUGGUUGGUAACGUGGACCAGCGUGACUCGGAGCCGGCCGGCGCCGACCGGCGGGGGGACGUCUGCGACAACUGUCCGACGGUGCCCAACCCCAACCAGGAGGACGCCGACGGCGACGGCCUUGGCGACGCCUGCGACCCCGACAUGGACAACGACAAGAUCCUGAACGAGGACGACAACUGCCCUUUGGUGGCGAACCCGGAGCAGCGCGACAUGGACCGCGACGGAAGGGGUGACGCCUGCGACAACUGUCCGGAGGCGGCCAACGCCGCACAGGAGGACCGCGACAUGGACCUGGUGGGAGACGUCUGCGACACGGACGACGACCCCGACUCGGAUGGCUUCCAGGUCGGCGCGGACAACUGCCCGGACGUCGCCAACGCCGACCAGCUGGACACGGACGGUGACGGCGUCGGCGACGCCUGCGACCAGGACGACGACGACGACGGCGUGCCCGACCCCAGCGACAACUGCCCGCUGGUCGCCAACUCCGACCAGCGGGACACCGACGGCGACGGCCGUGGCGACGUCUGCCAGGACGACAACGACGGCGACACCGUGCCCAACAUCAUGGAUAACUGUCCCAACAACUCGCGCAUCUUCGCCACCGACUUCCGGACGUACCAGACCGUCGUGCUUGAUCCGUUCGGGGAGUCGCAGAUCGACCCAAAGUGGGUCAUUUACAAUCAAGGCGCAGAGAUCGUGCAGACGAUGAACAGCGACCCUGGUCUGGCCGUCGGGUAUCACCGCUUCAGUGGACUGGACUUUGAGGGGACGUUCUUCAUCGACACAGAGAUCGACGACGACUACGUUGGUUUCGUAUUCAGCUACCAGGACAACGGCCGCUUUUACACAGUCAUGUGGAAGAAGAACACGCAGACGUACUGGCAGUCGUCGCCGUUCCGCGCCGUGGCCGAGCCGGGCGUGCAGCUCAAGGCCGUCAAAUCCGACACCGGCCCCGGCGUCAUGAUGAGGAACGCCCUCUGGCACACCGGCGACACAUUCAACCAGGUAAAGCUGCUAUGGAAAGACCCUCGAAACGUCGGCUGGAGACAGAAGACUGCCUACCGGUGGAGCUUGAUACACCGGCCCAAGAUCAAUCUCAUCCGACUUAGGAUGUACGAGGGCGAGGAUCUGGUGGCCGACUCUGGCAACAUAUUCGACGGCACUCUGAAGGGAGGAAGGAUAGGCGUGUUCAGCUUCUCGCAGGAGAUGAUCAUCUGGUCGGACCUGGUCUACAGAUGUAACGACCUGGUGCCCCAGGGGGUGUACGAUAGCUUGACGCCCGAGCAACAGGCGCUGGUGGACGUGGACCGCACGAACGUGCCGGUGCCGAGCGGACCGCUGGGGACCCUGCCGCCGUUCUAACCGGCCUCUCGCUGCCUGAAGGGAGGCCUGGGGGUCACUGGAGAAUCAGUGACGUCACGCCCCGGGUACAGCCAGGCAGCCGCCAGCCCCGUCACCACGCUGGACUGCCCACGAUGAUGUGUUCGUGCGUCGCGAUUUGCCUGGACUGUAAAGGUGUAAGGGCCGCUUGCUUGACACAUGAACCGAGUUGGGCAUAUGCAUAUGCGAUGCCAGAUAUAUGCAUAAGCGCGAUACAUAUGCAAGUUCUGUUUCUUUCUGCUUAGAUAAGUUGCUUUCACAAAGGCUGCGUAUCGGAAACACGGGUUAACAUUCGUUCUGGUUCAUUGUUAGCACGCUUAAGGCUUACGUUUUGCGCCGCACUGCACCAUCCCAGAAUGUCACAUGUUUGUUAUAGACUUGUCAUGUGUUGAGCAACUAAUGGGCAUCACCAUUAGUUUUGUCUUGCUAUUUAAAACUUGUAACUGACGAGUUCAUCAGUGAUACUUUCUCAUCUCGUUAAAGGGCAUCCAAUUUUUCAACAUCGAAAACUGGCCAAAGAAGAUACAUAAUUUUCAACAUGUUCUGUUUCCUAUGCACAUUAAGGCUGCAAAGUUGCAACCAGUGUUAACAAAUAAAUAUUUUCA